CAAUAAAAGGAAUUUGUUCAAGAGUGAUCACGUGAAUUCGAUGUUCAGCAAGCCAAGAAAAUUGCAACUGUGCUCUCUCUAAAAAGCAGUCUGAUUGGGAGCUUUCAGAGCAGACAGAGUUCAAGUAUAAGAAAGAUGUAUAGACCAGUAAGAAAUGUGAACCAUUUUCUUGGAAAAAACAAGACCCAAGAAUGAACUGAGUUUAUAGGUCACUUUCUUCAGAAACCCCAAAAGUUCAUCACCUAGAUAUCUUGUCUCAGGUGAACAGAGAGUCAUUAUAUUUAUGAUAUAAUCCCCUUUACAUUGUCAAAAAGAACAGAAUCAUUUGGAUCCAAAAAUCUGCAAAAUGGUGAAAAGAAAGAUAAGCGUGUGUCAACAAACAUGGGCCCUAUUUUGCAAGAACUUGAUUAAAAAAAAGAGAAUGAAAAGGGACACUUUGAUGGAAUGGUUGUACUCAGCAUUUUUACUAUUGAUCUUGUGCACCUUUUACACACUUCAUGAAGUUUAUGAUUUUUCAUCAAUGCCUCCUGUAGACCUGGGACGUAUAGAUUCAUUUAAUGAUUCCGCAUUUGUGAUUGCAUACACACCUUUCAAUAAAACAACUCAAAGGAUAAUGAAUAAAGUCUCUUCUGCCUCCUUCAUGACGGGAAGAAAAGUAAUAGCUUUUCCAGAUGAAGAAAAUAUGACAGAACUCAUUUCAACCCAUUAUGAAGAUGUAGUGAGAGUCAUAUUUACCAGUCCUUUCUCUUAUCACUUAAAGUUCCUCAGAGGAUCUCGUAUCCCAAUCAUUAAGGAGCACCAAGACCAUUCAGUUCAUUGCCAUGAAGUUAGAGAUAGUUUUGAUUGUGGCAUUUCACAAUUCUGGACAGAAGGUUUUGUGGCUCUUCAAGCAGCUAUAAAUGCUGCCAUUAUAGAAAUCUCAACAAAUCACUCAGUGAUGGAAGAAUUGAUGUCAGUUACUGGAAAACACAUGAAGAUAGAUCCCUUCAUUGGUCAAGAAGGAAAGAUAACAGAUUUCUUCAUUUGUAUCUGUAUUAUUUGUUUUUCCCCAUUCACUUACUAUGUCUCACUUAGUGUUACAAGAGAAAGGAAGAAGAUGAAGUGCUUGAUGACAAUGAUGGGCCUCCAAGAUCCAGCAUUCUGGUUCUCCUGGGGUUUGCUUUAUGCUGGUUUUGUCUUCAUUCUGACCCUUUUCUUGGCAUUUAUUAUAAAAUCAGUCCAAUUUGUCAUCCUGGCUGGCUUCAUGGUGGUCUUCAGCCUCUUUUUCUUCUAUGGACUGUCUUUGAUCGCAUUGGCUUUCCUGAUGAGCAUCUUGCUGAAGAAGCCUUUCCUCACCGGCCUUGUUGUGUUCCUUCUCACUGUCACCUGGGGAGGUCUGGGAUUCGUGGCAUUGUACAGAUACCUUCCUGUGUCCUUGGAGUGGAUUUUAAGUUUCUUCAGCCCUUUUGCCUUCACACUUGGAAUGGCCCAGCUCUUACACUUGGAAUUUGAUAUGAAUUCUAAUGCAGACUCAAUGGGUGACCCAAAUCUAAUCAUAGCUACAAUUUUCAUGUUGUUCCUUGAUAGUUUAUUCUAUCUGGCAUUGACGUUUUACUUUGAAAAAAUUUUGCCAAAUGAAUAUGGACAUCGACAUUCACCUUUGUUUUUCUUGAAGUCCUCAUUUUGGUGUCAAAAGAAAACAGCUAAUCAUGUGGCCCUUGAGAAUGAAACAGAGUCUGAGUUUUCUGAUGAGGCUUUUGAACCAGUGUCUACAGAAUUCCAUGGGAAAGAAGCCAUCAGAAUCAGAAACCUUACAAAAGAAUAUAGAAGAAAGCCUAAAAAUGUUGAAGCUUUGAAAGACCUAGCAUUUGACAUAUAUGAAGGCCAGAUCACUGCAGUACUUGGUCAUAGUGGAGCUGGGAAAUCGACACUGUUAAACAUUCUUACUGGGUUGUGUGUUCCUACCAAAGGUUGGGUCACUAUUUAUAACAACAAACUUUCUGAAAUAACUGAUUUAGAAAAUAUCAGCGAGCUCACUGGAGUUUGUCCGCAAAGUAAUGUACAAUUUGACUUCCUCACUGUGAAAGAAAAUCUUAGGCUGUUUGCGAAAAUAAAAGGGAUUCAGCCAAAUGAAGUUGAUAAUGAGGUGCACAGAGUUUUGCAGGAAUUGGAAAUGAAGAAUAUUCAGGAUACUCUUGCCCAAAACUUAAGUGGUGGACAGAAAAGGAAAUUAACCUUUGGGAUUGCCAUUUUGGGAGAUCCUCAGAUUUUCCUCCUGGACGAACCCACUGCUGGGCUGGACCCCUUCUCAAGGCACCGAGUAUGGAACUUCCUGAAGGAGCGGAAAGCAGGCCAUGUGAUCCUCUUUGGUACUCAGUUCAUGGAUGAGGCAGACAUCCUGGCUGACAGAAAACUGUUUCUCUCCAAAGGGAAGCUGAAGUGUGCGGGCUCUUCUUUGUUUUUGAAGAAGAAAUGGGGGAUCGGCUAUCACUUGAGUUUACAGCUCAAUGAAACAUGUGUUCAUGAAAGAAUUACAUCACUUGUUAAACACCACAUCCCUGAUGCCAAAUUGUCAGCAGAGAAUGAAGGAAAACUGAUCUAUAUAUUGCCUCUGGAAAGAACAAAUAAAUUUCCAGAUCUUUAUAGGGAUCUUGAAAGCUGUCCUGACCUAGGAAUUGAGAAUUAUGGUGUUUCCAUGACAACAUUGAAUGAGGUGUUCCUGAAAUUAGAAGGGAAAUCUGAUAUUGACCAACCAGAUCUUUGUGCUUUGGGAGAUGUAGAAGCUGAAGGGCCAAGAGAAACAGGGAGGCUUUUUGAAAUGGGAGAAACUGUCUCCUCACUUAGUGGGAUGAGUGAGACACAGGCUGGUCUGGCUCUCUUGUGGCAGCAAGUGUGUGCUAUUGCGAGGGUACGCUUCUUGAAGAUAAAGCAUGAAAGGAAAGCUCUCUUCAUACUGAUAUUGAUUUUUGGAAGUGGACUUCUGCAUAUUUUGGCAGCAAAUGCUCAUAAGAUAUUCUAUCCAGAAGACUACUGUUGGGAUCUGUCUCCACAUAUGUACUUCCUCACCCCUGACCAACAACCACAGAAACUUCUCUCUAACUUACUGAUCAUCAAUAAGACAGGAGCAAGCAUUGAUGACUUUAUACAUUCACUGGAGAAACAGAACAUAGCAUUGGAAGUGGAUGCCUUUGGAACUAGAAAUGGCACAGAGGAGCUGUCUUACAAUGGAGCCAUCAUAGUGUCGGGCAAUGGAAAGAAUUACAGCUUUUCAUUGUCAUGCAAUACCAAGAGACUGAAUUGCUUCCCAGUUCUUGUGGAUAUUGUUAGUAACGGACUGCUUGGAAUGUUGAGCCCAUCAGGGAGCAUUCACACUGACCGAAGCACAUAUCCUGACGUGGAUGACAUCUACUCUCAGUUUAAUAAUCUAGCCUAUCUCAUCUCAUGGAUCGUUUUGAUGUCCUGUCUCUCUCCUUAUAUUUCCAUGACCAGCAUCGAUGACUAUAAGAACAAAGCUCAACUGCAGUUGUGGAUUUCAGGCCUGAACCCUUCUGCUUACUGGUUUGGACAGGCACUGGUUGAAGUUCCAAUCUACUUUUCACUCAUUUUCUUUAUGUAUUUAGUAUACUAUACCUCAAAAGUAAAAGGGGAUAUAUAUACAGCUGUUGAUGUACUUAUUGAGAUCCUAUAUAUUGUUGGUUACUCCGUAUCAGUUAUCUUCAUGACAUAUGUGAUUUCAUUCAUCUUUCGUAAUGGGAGAAAAAAUAGUGGCAUUUGGUCAUUUUGCUUCUAUUUUGUCACACUGGUUUCUGCAGCUGUUAUGGGGGAUUUCCUUGGAGACAUAUUUCUGUAUUGUGUCAGUGCCUUAAUUCCAUUUGCCACCUUGGUUGGUUGUACAAUGCUACAUUUUGACCACCGUAUAUAUCAUGAUGCCCCUUCAGAACAAGGGAAGAAAUAUGACUUUCUGGUGUUCCUAAUUCCGUAUGUUCAUUUAAUCAUCUUUCUUGUUAUUCUUCGAUGUCUGGAAUGCAAGUUUGGAAAGAAAACAAUGAGAAAGGAUCCUGUCUUUAGAAUUUCUCCAAGAACCAGUAGUGUAUUUCACAAUCUAGAAGACCCAGAAGGGGAGGAUGAAGAUGUUCAGCUAGAAAGAGUAAGAACAUCAAAUGCUUUAACAUCUCCAAACUUUGAGCAGAAACCUGCCAUUAUUGCUAGCUGUCUACGAAAGGAGUAUACAGAGAAGAAAUGCCUCUUUUUUAAGAGAAAGAAGAAAACAGCAACAAGAAAUGUCUCUUUCUGUGUUAGAAAAGGUGAAGUUUUAGGAUUAUUAGGACAUAAUGGAGCUGGUAAAAGCACAUCCAUUCGGAUGAUAACUGGAGAAACAAAACCAAGUGCAGGUCAGGUGCUCCUGAGAGGGAGCAGCUCGCCUGAACCCCAGGGCUUCCUGGGGUACUGUCCUCAGGAGAACGUGCUGUGGCCCAGCCUGACCGUGAGGGAACACCUGCAGGUGUUUGCCGCCGUGAAGGGGCUGCGCAAGGGCGAUGCUGAGGUGGCUGUUACACGGCUGGUGGAAGCCUUCAAGCUUCAGGACCAGCUGCAGGCCCCCGUGAGGACCUUGUCAGAGGGGAUGAAGAGGAAGCUGUGCUUUGUGCUGAGCAUCUUGGGGAACCCUUCAGUGGUGCUUCUGGAUGAGCCGUCCACCGGGAUGGACCCCGAGGGCCAGCAGCAGAUAUGGAAAGCAAUACGGGCCACCCUUAGAGACACAGAGCGGGGUGUGCUCCUGACCACCCACUACAUGGCAGAGGCCGAAGCCGUGUGUGACCGAGUGGCCAUCAUGGUGUCUGGAAGGCUGAGGUGUAUUGGUUCCAUCCAACACCUGAAAAGCAAAUUUGGCAAAGAUUAUCUGCUGGAGAUGAAGGUGAAGACUCCCACCCAGGUGGAGCCCCUCCACGCGGAAAUCCUGAGGCUCUUCCCCCAGGCUGCUCGGCAAGAAAGGUACUCUUCGCUGAUGGUCUACAAAUUGCCAGUGGAGGAUGUGCAACCUUUAUCACGGGCCUUCUUCAAAUUAGAGACCGUGAAACAGAGCUUCGACAUGGAGGAGUACAGCCUCUCCCAGUCCACCCUGGAGCAGGUUUUCCUGGAGCUCUCCAAGGAGCAAGAAAUGGACGAUUUUGAUGAGGAACUCGAUCCCUCCGUGAAGUGGAAGCUCCUCCCACAGGAAGAGCCUUGAAGCUCCAAAUAUCUGUUUUCUUUAUGCAUGUUACUCUUUUAUAGCAAUAAUAAGCCUCAUCUCAGAUAUAGCACAAAAUACUUUGAAACUCAUGUGAUAACUUUUCUCCAUAACGUUAGUCCUACUGGGGCGGGCGGGUACGGCAGUGAGAGCAGAGAUGGCGCCUGAGAUUCGGCCAGACCACGCAGCCAGGUACCGGCAAGCACAUCCCAUUUCAUACAGUGUUAAACUAAAAUAGCACUUAGGAUGAUUUGUUUCCAUGGCUGAGGAUGGUGCAGAGACUGCUUGCUUUUCUCUCCCUGAACUUCACAAUAUAGAAUAUUUUCUUAUCUUUUUGAUUAGGUAAAAUUAAGACAUACUAUUAAUUCUAGGGGAAAGAGAAUCAGUUGAUUACCCAGCAGCAUGGUUCUUGUCUCUUGUAAUUCACCAUUCUAAAGAGUGCUCAAUUCCCUGACUCUCCUUUUCUGUCAUUUUAACCCUCUAGAUUGUAGAGUGUUUUGUCUUUUGUGACUAUAAAGGAAAUUCAAAACAUGUUAAGGUAAAUGCUUACGAUAAGAAUUUGAAUGAUCAAGUUGAUGAACAUUUUCCAAUAUAUAUUUUACCUACAAAUUAAAUAUCAAAUCUAUCAAAUAUCUUUCUCUAAGAUGAGAAACCCAACAUAUAAAUAAUCUAAAGAGGAAAAUAAAAGAUAGGUGAUAAGAAACAGGGAGCUGGACUUGGUGGAGAUGGAAAGGGGAUCUGGAGAUGGGUGACAUGGGACGAAUGUGAGGUUGGGGAAGCAGAAAGGAUCAAGAUGCAAAAUGUCUGUGCACCACAUGCCUACAAUGAGUGUAUUUAUUAGGGGUUGCAGACACAUGCUAUUAAAAUAUUUAAAAAGAGACAUAUUUCUGCUUUUGUGUUUUUGAUUGUAUAAGGGUACUCUUUAAGGCACUAAAUAUCAUAAUUCUAAUUUACUGUGUCUCUAUACAUUAUGACCUGUCCAACUAGUAACCCUGAAACACUCUAAAACCAGCACCAUAAAUUGGCACUCAGGCUUAAAUGAAUUUUUUGUUGUCAUUACUACCAUUAUUGUUAUUAGCUAACUGAACAUUUGAAACCAAUUCUGAAAAAAAAAAAAAAAACUACCCUGUACUUUGAUUCUAAUGAAAUAAACCACUGCCCUCAACCUAAGAGAAAAUUCACAUGAAAGCUUAAGCAAUGGGACCCAGAUUAUUAUUUUUUUAAGGAGACACUAGCAGUAGUUCUAUUUAACUUUUAUGCGUUACACAUGAAUAGAUAUAAGUCAGCACAAUAAAGAUAAUGUUUCACAUUACUUAAAUUAGUACUACAAUAAGGUUGCAAUGAGCCAAGUUCAAAAAACUGCACUUAUCAUUGUAUUAGAAGGCUCAUCUUCUAAAUCACACAUGACUUUCUAAGACUUGGUUGAAUUGUACUAUUAACCUUAUAGUAGACUCAGCAAACAUUUUAGUGGAUAUUAUGGUUCAGAGUUAAAAUGUUCCCAAAGCCUCAUGUGCUCAUAGGUAGAGCUUUUGAAAGGUGACUGGCUAAUGGGGGCGGAAUAGCUGACUAGCAGUUUGGAGGUAGGGUCUGGUAGGAAGAGGCAGUUCACUGUGGGUGUGGCUGAAAGGGUCUAUCUCCCUUCCUGCAUCCUCCCAUGAUUCUCUCUGCUUCCUGUCAGUCCAGGCACACAAGUAGCCCUCCUCCACCGCGAUCCUCUCUGCCUUGUGGUCCUGGCAUGGAGCCAGCCCACUACGACUGUAACUGUGAGCCAAAAUAAACCUUUCCACUUUAAAUUGUAGAGUCAGGUAUCAUGCCCCAGUAACAAGAAAAUCUUAGUUAAGACAUUGAGAGUUUUUAAAUGACCUCGUGUUAAUGCUAUAUUAUGGGAGCUGGCCAAGAGAAGCAUAUAUCACCUUAGCAUUUCAAAAGUACAUUCUCAAAGCUAAAAAAUGAAGAAAAGUGAAAGUGUUUCAAGGAGAGGAUUUAUAUCCAACAUGCCUAUAAAAUAAACUGAAACAGUAAACUUAGGCAGGCAGAAUUUCAGAACUAUGAUCAUUUCAGAAGCAUAGUAGGAUAAUGGCAACAGCAUCAAAGAAUACACAUUAUCUGCUAGAUUCUACACAUAUACUGGUUAUUUCAUGUAGGCCUCAUAAUAGCAAAUAAUUAUAUAUAAUAUGAUAAUUAUUUCUUAUCUGAAAUAUAUCACUGGAAGAGGCAGAAUUUCUGAAAUGGCCCACUAAGAUGCUUCCUCUCCUAAUCUCGCUCCUGUGGUUAUGAUAUGUUAUUGUUCCAUUGUAUCUGUUUUGUUGCAUGACACAUAUUAUGUUAACAUGAGAAGAUUACUUUGGUAGUGGGCAUGAACAGAUUAGAGUAUCUGACUUAAUGGUCACAUCCUAUAACAAGGAAAACUUUCUCCAGAUAGUCAAAGAAGGGGAAGUGAUGGAGUUUUGAAGCAUGAGGAGUUUCUGCUCUGUGUCCAUCUUGGGAGAUGCAGAGGCCAUGGGAGAAGGACUGGGUGUGCUGUCCUGUCUAGUUGCAAGGGGCUAAGCCAAAAGAGAAAAACUACACUGCCACUGAAUACUUCAUAGUAUCAACAUACUUAUAUUAUUGAUAUUUUGAUAUUGCUUAUUAUAACAGAUAACAUUGACUAAUACAGGAGUUUGUGCCAGGAAAAGUAUAACAGCAAAAACCUGGAAGAAGUGUUCCUCACACAAAAGCACUGAUGCAAUUGCCAAAGACUUUUGAACUAAGCCAAGUGGUUUGUCCCCAGUCCUUGUAUGCAGCAGAAUGUUCCAGGUGUUACCAAUUACUGUUAUUUUCUAGUAUGUUUAUCUAUGUUAUCUCUCUAGCUAGUCAUACAAUUCUUCAUUGUUUAUCUGUACUACAUCAUUCCCAAAGUGUCUAGCCAAGGAAGUAACUUAGUUGUUAGUUACAGAUGUCAAUACACAUAUUUUUCUUGUUUUGAUUUAUUGAGUUAUAAUCACUGCAGUUUUGUGUUUCGGUAUCAGGGAUCGAACUCUGGUCCUUGUGCUUGCGGGGCAGGCAGUGGAACCACUGAGCUAAAUCCCCAGCCCUAUCACUGCAAUUUUGGAACAAAAAGAGUUAAAAUUUUGAGUUAAAAUUUAUCUCCUGAAGUGGAGCUCUCAUUGCAAAUUGGAGGAAAUAUUUUAAUGUCUCUUUAAAACCCUUCUUUGGGUCCAAUCCAAACUAAGAAACCAUGGUUUCCGAUGGGUUAAUGCUUCAUUGUAUUAUAAAAACCUAGAAAAAAAGUCUUAACUUGUUAUUAAAAGUUGUAAUUUGCAUAAAUGCUUGAAGUAUUUCAAGUAGAAAGUAAGAAUAACUUUAUGAGGUCAUAAUAAAUGAAAAUAUAAUUAUUAUGAAUAAAUAAUUUUAGUGAUA